AUGGACGCCAAGCUGAUGGUGGCCACAGACGGUGGCGAUGUCAACAAGUUGAAGCAUGGGUUGAACAAGGAGGAUGCCAUGUCGAUGGUUGAUGCGACGGCGACGAGUAAGAAGCCUUCCGAAGACGACCAAUCCCCAGCUGGUACCAUCAAUCCCUUGCUUCUGUUAUCGGCACGCGAGGGCUCCUCGAUGGCACUGAGUGUCCUUUUAGAGAGGGAAGACGCAAAACGUCCACCACUGAUGAUUAUUUCUCAAGAAUUUCUCGAGUUGGUAGAGGGAGGCAGCAGUGCCCAAGGAAGAACUGCAGUAUCAAUUGUUGGUGAUGUAGAAGAGGGCGUCGAGGACCAGCCUGCUGCUUCACUUGCAGAUGGAGCACUCCUCAAGGGCGUCACUCCUGAUGGUGAUACUGCACUACAUGUGCUCGCACAGAAUCAGGAGGAUGGCAAACGUUUCCUAGAGUAUGCCGGCAUCAUCUACGGAAGGGAAAGGGGGCUUCUGUUUGCGAAGAAUCACAAGGGUGACACACCCUUGCAUUGUGCUGCCCGAUCUGGGAACUCCAAAAUGGUUUCUUAUCUCAUUGAUGUAGCUGCACAUGAGGGUGCUGACACGAAGCUCGGGCUCCUGAGAAUGGAAAAUAAGCGUCACGAGACGGCCCUGCAUGAGGCUGUCCGAUUUGAGGACGGUCGAAUUCUGGGAUGGAAGGAAAGAAGAGCAUUGCUUGAUGCUACUCACACCGUCGGAGAAGAAAAGAAUAAGGAAGAUGCUGACGGCGCACGGGAAGAAAAGAAUAUAGUCAAACUACUGAUGGGUGCUGAUCCAGAGUUAGCUAAUUAUCCUGCGGAUGGCGUUUCACCCUUGUAUCUAGCCAUCUUGCUGGGGAAGAGUACUAUUGCAUUGAUUCUGUAUGAUAAGAGUGGUGGCAAUCUCUCCUAUUCCGGAGCAGAUGGACAAAAUGCCCUGCAUGUUGGUGUUCUUCCACACAGAGACUCAGUGAUGAUAGAGUUCCUAGUGCAUUGGAACAAAAACCUUACUACACAGGUGGACAAAGAUGGAAGAACGCCGCUUCACUUUGCUUCAUCGUUGUCUUUUGGGACUGCCUCGUGUCUGCAACUUGAGCUCCUCAGCAGACCUCCUUGGUGUCGUUUUGUAUGGAUUUCCCGGACUUGUACAUCGAUGCUCAAGAUAGUAUUCGAAGCGAACCCCACCGUACUGUAUCAAGCGGACAAGAAUGGAUCUUUCCCCAUACAUUUGGCUGCCUCUGCAGGUGCGAAAGAUGCCAUACGGUUUUUCCGUGGCAAGUAUCCAAAUUGUGUUGGGUUGCGCAAUGCUAAAGGAAGAACAUUCCUUCAUGUUGCUGUCGAGAAAGAAAUACGGGACAUAGUGUUCUAUGUAUGUGAAACUCCAUCUUUAGUUUGGAUUCUGAAUAUGCAAGACAAUGAUGGAAACACUGCACUGCACUUGGCUAUCCAAGCUCGGAACUUUAGGAUGUUCUGUGCUCUAUUGGGGAAUCCUGAGGUGAAUCUGAAUAUAACAAAUAACCAGGGGGAAUCUCCCUUUGAUCUAUCCAUCAGUAAGCUUUCAUUCAGAUUGAAUUAUAUAGAGAACUCUGAGAAUAAAAUAUACCAUGCUUUGAAGUCAGUUGGGGCGAACUAUGGUGUCGUUCGCUGGGAUAAGACUGAGGAACCGUUCCGUCGGCCGCCAAAGCCAGAGGAGGAGGACCAAGAAUCACCGAGGCUGAAAGAUGCAACACAAACGUGUGUCGUUGCUUCAGUCCUAAUAGCAACUGUGGCCUUCAGUACAACCUUUGCCAUCCCUGGAGGUUACAGAAACGAUGAUCAUAUAAAUGGAGUCACGCCAACAUAUGCUGGGAGUUUUGUUUUUGACGCUUUCAUGAUGGCCACCACAUUAGCUUUCAUAUGCUCCUCGCUGGCUACAAUUGGCUUCACGUAUCCUGCAAAUCCAAUGGUUAACUUGGUCACCCGUGAAGUCUACUUAGUCUUAUCUGCGCUUUCCUUCUCGAGUUCAUUCAUAUUCAUGUCGAUAUCAUUUGCGCUGGGUGUGUAUAUGGUGCUAGGUCCGGUUGCUCGUAAUACUGCUGUUGCAGUCUGUGUUCUUGCUCCUACCGUAUGGCUAGGCAUAUAUAUGGAUGUUGUUUCUAAAUUCGUUAUUCUUGCACGACCAUUAUGUAUUUGA